AUGGGACGAAUACUUGUCUUUUUGGUGUACUCUCAUGUAAGAGAGCUUGAAGUGGCAAGGUUGAGCACCGAUGGAAACCUUGCAGACCUGACGUUCCCACAAUCCGAACUACACGGAAACUCCAUCCAACUGUCAGCCAGCACUCUCAAGCAACACGGGCGAAAUGGAGAGAUCCGGAUGGCCUUUGUCCUUUAUAGAAACUUGGGCCAGUACCUGUCCACGGAGAACGCCAGUGUCAGACUGAGCAGUGACGCCGUGUACCCAAACUACUCUGUGAUCGUCAACUCCCCGGUCAUCACCGCGUCUAUUAACAAGGAGAGCAACAAAGUGUACCUGUCCGAACCCGUGGUCUUCACCGUCAAACACUUGCAGCAUUCAGAAGAGAACUUCAAUCCCAACUGUUCCUUCUGGAGCUACUCCAAACGCACCAUGACGGGAUUCUGGUCGACACAGGACUGUCGACUGCUGGCCACUAACCGCACACACACCAGCUGCUCGUGCACACACCUCACCAGCUUCGCCGUGCUCAUGGCCCACGUAGAGGUCAAGAAAGCUGACAGCAUGCACGACCUGCUCCUGGAUGUGAUCACCUGGGUGGGGAUCCUGCUGUCCCUGGUGUGCCUGCUCAUCUGUAUCUUCACCUUUUGCUUCUUCCGCGGGCUACAGAGCGACCGCAACACCAUCCACAAGAACCUGUGCAUCAGCCUGUUCAUCGCCGAGUCCCUCUUCCUCGUGGGGAUCAACCGGGCCGACCAGCCGAUUGCCUGUGCUGUCUUCGCCGCCCUGCUCCACUUCUUCUUCCUGGCAGCCUUCACCUGGAUGUUCUUGGAAGGUGUUCAGCUCUACAUCAUGCUGGUGGAGGUGUUCGAGAGCGAGCACUCCAGGACUAAGUACUUCUACCUGGCAGGAUACGGCGUGCCGGCCAUCAUUGUAGCUGUGUCUGCAGCGGUGGACUACCGCAGUUAUGGCACAGACCGAGUGUGCUGGUUACGAUUAGACACGUACUUCAUCUGGAGUUUCAUUGGCCCUGCUACUCUCAUCAUUAUGCUUAAUGUAAUCUUUCUGGGUAUAGCGCUUUAUAAAAUGUUCCACCACACGGCUAUCCUCAAACCGGAUUCGGGGUGCCUGGAUAACAUCAAGUCCUGGGUUAUUGGGGCCAUAGCGCUGCUGUGUCUGCUCGGCCUCACCUGGGCGUUUGGCCUCAUGUACAUCAAUGAGAGCACGGUUAUUAUGGCGUACCUCUUCACCAUCUUCAACUCGCUGCAGGGAAUGUUCAUCUUCAUCUUUCACUGUAUCCUACAAAAGAAGGUGCGGAAAGAGUACGGCAAAUGCCUGCGUACUCACUGCUGCAGCGGUAAAAGUGUGGAGACUUCCAUCUCCUCCUCCAAUAAGACCACCACGUCUCGGACCCCGGGCCGCUACUCCACAGGCUCUCAGGUGAGCUUACCUGCCUGCACACCCGGACGCUACAGCACAGCAGACUCCCAGAGUCGGAUCCGUCGCAUGUGGAAUGACACCGUGAGGAAACAGGAGUCUUCCUUCAUCACUGGAGACAUCAACAGCUCAGCUACUCUCAACAGAGGAGCCAUGGCUAAUCAUCUUAUAACUAAUGCUCUCCUUCGUCCCCAUGGUACUAACAAUCCUUAUAACACGCUACUGGGGGAUUCUGCAGUCUAUAACAACCCGGCUGUGGGCAUGUACAACACUCAAGCACGAAAUAUAACUGUGGCGCAUUUGAGGGUAAUAUAUGGUAUCAAUAUGUCUCCCAAGGGAUUCCAAUCCAUCAUAUUGAGGCUCGGCUUCACAAGCGCAUUAGAGAGCUCCCAUCAGGAGCGCCAUCAAGUCCUGCUCUGCCCCUGCUCCAAGUUCACACAGCAGAGCAACUGUCCUUGUCCAGCACCAUACUGA